UAAGCAGAAGCCUAACAUUCUGGGCUGAAAGCUAAGUGCCCCAUAUAUUCCUGGGUGACUCUGAAGCAGGUUACGUUUCCUCAGAAGAAGGCUCCUUGGUGCUUUGAAGAACAUCCUGAAGAUUAUAUAGGAGACAAUAUAUCAAGAAUUUAUUUAUUGAAUGGUCUAGAACAAAAGCCAGGAGCUCCCUAAUGGAAGCACAUUAGUGUUUAUUUUGAUGAAGAAAUAUAUAGAUUUUUUAACACAACCAUAAAGUAGAUAGCUCAGUAAAAAAAUCAAUUUUGGAAGAUGUCACUGAACAACUCUUCCAACAUAUUUCUGGAUUCAGUGCCCAGUAAUACCAAUCGCUUUCAAGUUAAUGUCAUAAAUGAGAACCAUGAGAGCAGUGCAGCGGCAAAUGACAACACUGACCCACCACAUUAUGAAGAAACCUCUUUUGGGGAUGAGGCUCAGAAAAGACUCAGAAUCAGCUUUAGGCCUGGGAAUCAGGAGUGCUAUGACAAUUUCCUCCAAAGUGGAGAAACUGCUAAAACAGAUGCCAGUUUUCAUGCUUAUGAUUCUCACACAAACACACACUACCUACAAACUUUUGGCCACAACACCAUGGAUGCUGUUCCCAAGAUAGAGUACUAUCGCAACACCGGCAGCAUCAGUGGACCCAAGGUCAACCGACCCAGCCUGCUUGAGAUUCAUGAGCAACUCGCAAAGAAUGUGGCAGUCACCCCAAGUUCAGCUGACAGAGUUGCUAACGGUGAUGGGAUACCUGGAGAUGAGCAAGCUGAAAAUAAGGAAGACGAUCAAGCUGGUGUCGUGAAGUUUGGAUGGGUGAAAGGUGUGCUGGUAAGAUGCAUGCUGAACAUCUGGGGAGUCAUGCUCUUCAUUCGCCUCUCCUGGAUUGUUGGAGAAGCUGGAAUUGGUCUUGGAGUCAUCAUCAUUGGCCUGAGUGUGGUAGUGACGACACUCACAGGUAUUUCUAUGUCUGCUAUUUGCACGAACGGAGUAGUAAGAGGAGGUGGGGCCUACUAUCUUAUUUCCAGAAGUUUAGGGCCCGAGUUCGGUGGGUCAAUAGGCCUGAUCUUUGCUUUUGCUAAUGCAGUGGCUGUUGCUAUGUAUGUGGUGGGAUUUGCUGAGACUGUAGUAGAUCUUCUUAAGGAGAGUGAUUCGAUGAUGGUGGAUCCAACCAAUGACAUCCGGAUUAUAGGCUCCAUCACAGUGGUGAUUCUUCUAGGAAUUUCAGUAGCUGGAAUGGAAUGGGAGGCAAAGGCCCAAGUGAUUCUUCUGGUCAUUCUUCUCAUUGCUAUUGCAAACUUCUUCAUUGGAACUGUCAUUCCAUCCAACAAUGAGAAAAAGUCCAGAGGUUUCUUUAAUUACCAAGCAUCAAUAUUUGCAGAAAACUUUGGGCCACGCUUCACAAAGGGUGAAGGCUUCUUCUCUGUCUUUGCCAUUUUUUUCCCAGCAGCUACUGGGAUUCUUGCUGGUGCCAAUAUCUCAGGAGAUUUGGAGGAUCCCCAAGAUGCCAUCCCCAGAGGAACCAUGCUGGCCAUUUUCAUCACCACUGUUGCCUACUUAGGGGUUGCAAUUUGUGUAGGGGCCUGUGUGGUCCGAGAUGCCACCGGGAACAUGAAUGACACCAUCAUUUCUGGGAUGAACUGCAAUGGUUCAGCAGCAUGUGGGUUGGGCUAUGACUUCUCAAGAUGUCGACAUGAACCAUGUCAGUAUGGACUGAUGAAUAAUUUCCAGGUCAUGAGCAUGGUAUCAGGGUUUGGCCCCCUCAUCACUGCGGGAAUCUUUUCUGCAACGCUCUCCUCCGCCCUGGCUUCCCUUGUCAGCGCACCCAAAGUGUUCCAGGCUCUGUGCAAGGACAACAUCUACAAAGCUCUGCAGUUUUUUGCAAAGGGAUACGGGAAAAACAAUGAACCCCUGAGAGGAUAUAUUCUCACUUUUCUUAUAGCCAUGGCAUUUAUUCUUAUUGCGGAACUGAACACCAUUGCUCCCAUCAUCUCCAACUUUUUCCUGGCCUCAUAUGCACUUAUUAAUUUCUCCUGCUUCCAUGCCUCUUAUGCCAAAUCUCCAGGAUGGAGACCUGCGUAUGGAAUUUACAACAUGUGGGUAUCUCUUUUUGGAGCUGUUUUGUGCUGUGCAGUCAUGUUUGUCAUCAAUUGGUGGGCAGCUGUCAUCACCUAUGUCAUUGAAUUCUUCCUCUAUGUCUAUGUGACUUAUAAGAAGCCAGAUGUGAACUGGGGCUCCUCCACACAGGCUCUUUCCUAUGUGAGUGCUUUAGACAACGCUCUGGAAUUAACCACAGUGGAAGACCAUGUAAAAAACUUCAGGCCCCAAUGCAUUGUCUUAACAGGGGGACCCAUGACAAGACCUGCUCUCCUGGACAUAACUCACGCCUUUACCAAGAACAGUGGCCUUUGCAUCUGCUGUGAAGUCUUUGUGGGACCGCGCAAACUGUGUGUUAAGGAGAUGAACGGUGGCAUGGCGAAAAAACAGGCCUGGCUUAUAAAGAACAAAAUCAAGGCUUUUUACGCUGCAGUGGCGGCAGACUGUUUCAGGGAUGGUGUCCGAAGUCUCCUUCAGGCCUCAGGCUUAGGAAGAAUGAAACCAAACACUCUGGUGAUUGGAUAUAAGAAAAACUGGAGGAAAGCUCCCUUGACAGAGAUUGAGAACUACGUGGGAAUCAUACAUGAUGCAUUUGAUUUUGAGAUUGGUGUGGUUAUAGUCAGAAUCAGCCAAGGAUUUGACAUCUCUCAGGUUCUUCAGGUGCAAGAGGAAUUAGAGAGAUUAGAACAGGAGAGACUAGCAUUGGAAGCGACUAUCAAAGACAAUGAGUGUGAAGAGGAAAGUGGAGGCAUCCGAGGCUUGUUUAAAAAAGCUGGCAAGUUGAAUAUUACCAAGACAACGCCUAAAAAAGAUGGCAGCAUUAACACAAUCCAGUCGAUGCAUGUGGGAGAGUUCAACCAGAAACUGGUGGAAGCCAGCACUCAAUUUAAAAAGAAACAAGAAAAAGGCACAAUUGAUGUUUGGUGGUUGUUUGAUGACGGAGGGUUAACACUUCUUAUCCCCUAUAUCUUGACUCUCAGAAAAAAAUGGAAAGACUGUAAAUUAAGGAUCUAUGUUGGAGGAAAGAUCAACCGCAUUGAAGAAGAAAAAAUUGCAUGCAUUCUUACUGAUCAAACAAACUUGAAUUUCAUAUUCUUUGAGGUUACUCAUGAUCCUUCCAAGGCAGUGGCAUGUAACACUUGGCUUAUUCUAGAGUCAAUUAAAAAUACUUAUAAGGAAAAAAUCAGAUUUAAUGAGAAUCAAAAUAGAAAUCUUGAGCUACGUCAGGAUCCCCUAGCGAAGAGAAUGAAAAAUAGCCAGUUCAAAGAUGAUCCAAAGGAUAGACAAAUCAAAGAUGAACACAGAGAAGGAGCACGGCCUCCUGCCAUGAGUGGGAGUUGCCAUGUGGACUUAGGCUGGAAAGUCUUUGAAGAGAUGAUUGAACCAUAUCGUCUCCAUGAAAGCUGCAAAGAUUUAACAACUGCUGAGAAAUUAAAAAGAGAAACUCCAUGGAAAAUUACAGAUGCAGAACUGGAAGCAGUCAAGGAAAAGAGUUACCGCCAAGUUCGACUGAAUGAACUCUUGCAGGAGCACUCCAGAGCUGCUAAUCUCAUUGUCCUGAGUCUUCCAGUGGCAAGAAAGGGAUCCAUAUCGGAUUUGUUGUAUAUGGCUUGGUUGGAAAUCCUCACAAAGAACCUCCCACCUGUCUUACUAGUUAGAGGAAAUCACAAAAAUGUCUUGACAUUUUACUCUUAAAACAUGAAAGAUUAGAAUACAUUUUACCUUAAUGUAUAUGCAUAAUUAAGAAACAUGUUCCAGUACUUUAUGUUGUAAUCUGAUCUGUGGAUAUGCAAACCUCUGGAGAUGAUCCUACCAGAUUCUACAUACAUUGCAUAAUAUUUAUCAGUUAAUGCGAGCUUUUUUUUCUCUUCUCAGCUUAAGGGGUUGUCAAAGCCAACGCUAUCCCUAGAAAAACAUUUUUGUCACUGCUGUUGAUAAAAACGAAAAUCAAGGAAAUUCAUGUUAGCUUAUGCUCAUGAAAACCACCAAUGUGAUUGUAAACUUCUCUAGACAAACAUAAUCUUUUGUUUCCAGAGUGUUUGCUCCUCAGCCCUGGUAUAGGUCUCAGCCCCACAGCAGGAUCUCAAUAAAUGCUUAUUGACAGGCUGGCAUAGUAACCACAGGUGGUUAUCAAAGGAAAAGACCAAUAGGCUGGAGAACAUAAUUAUGCUUGGCCCCCUCAGAUGCUUAUACCUACAAAGCAGAUUUAAAAAUCAAUAACUCAAAACUUUAAGAAGUACUUGAGUCUACAAAAUGUUCAAAGCAGUUACCUAAAUAAGGUUAUUUAAUGUAACAGAUUAUAUACUUAAAGUGAUCUGAGCGAUCAUUGAUAACAUAUGGCUUAAAUUUGCUGCUGCCUGAAAAGUAUAUUAACUAGAUUAGAAGACACCAUAUACUCCAGUGAAAUGAAAUAUAUUCUAUUCUCAAUGUAUAAACUUUAAUUGUACUCCCUAUCAAAUACUUUGAAAUUUCCAUUACAGCAUUACUUUGCAUAUUUUUUCUAAUUAAAUGGUUAGUACAGAUGAAAUCUUUAUAGAUGAGUACUUGAAAACUAAGUGCCACCAAUUUUCAAACCCUUAUUAAGAAAUAUAUCCUGAAUCAUAUAUUUAGUUACUUUCUAUAGUGAUUGUAUGGAUUUAAAAGAAUAAUUAAAAUGUGAAGUUGAAAAACUUGUAAAAUUUGGAAUAUACAGAUACUGAUUUUUUUCAUUUUUGUUAGUACACCUAUAAUACUUAAUCAUAUUGACAAACCAAUGAAAAUAUUGUUUUUCUGAUGAAUGGCUUGAUUUUGCUCCUUGACAUGUUUUGACUGUUCAUUCUAACUGAAAACAUAUAUGGGAAAAUAUGAACCUGAAAUAAAAGCACUCAAAUUCAA